AUGACAGUGAGAUUGAACGCAUUGCUGACAAGAAAAGGAAGGCCUUUCAGAUUUGGCAAAGAGAUACAAAUUUGUGGCACUAAGAAAAAAACCUAUGCUAAGGCUGAGUUUCAAAGUAAAGAACACCUGGUGGAUAAAAAAAAAGCUCAAGAGAACCAGCACUUAGCCGACACUCAUGAUGCACAGAGUUUCUUUAAAGCCACAAAGACCGUCUAUGGGCCAAUAAAUCAUGGCAUAUGCCCCCUAUGCUCAACAGACGGUACCACACUUCUAAAAGAUAAAGAAGCUAUUGCACUGCGCUGGAAAGAACAUUACCAGCAUCUCCUUAACCGCAACUCCCCCAUAGCUGCUGAGGUCCUUUCACAAAUUCCACAAAAACAAAUUAGAGAUGAGCUUGCAGUAUCUCCAAAUCUGGGAGAGCUGUGUACAGCUAUUAACCAAAUGAAAAACAACAAAGCCAUUGGACCUGAUGGGAUACCUGCUGAAGUCUUCAAAGUGGGCAGAAUUGAACUUGCACAACAACUUCACAAGCUCAUCCAAAAAACCUGGGAGAGAGAAGAGAUCCCAGCAGACUUUAGGAAUGCCAAAAUUUUCAGUCUCUUUUAA